GAGAGUAAACAAGGUAAUUUUGGCUGACCGUCACCGUGCGGCUCCCGGCUGUCAGAGGGACAGGUCACUUACACGUCACUCACCCUCACCCCCGGCAGUCGGACGUCCAAUGCUGUCCACUUCUAACAAUACACUGCCUUCACGUUGUCGGAACUCGGGGGUGAUUCAAUAACAAGGCCUCUAUCUGUGAUUUUAUCGGGACAUUUCAAAUUAUUAAGAUGAACGGAUAAUCCACCGAGGAUAUUCAAGAGUUUGCAAAAUGGCUCUGGCUGUGUUGCGACAAAAGCAAUCCCCAAAACGUUCUGGUAAAACUAACAAAGCAGUGGCGCUUGCAAACGCCGCGAACAUCACGACAAAUGAACUGAACAUGCGUGACGCCAACGGGCGGACGGUGCUGUUUUACGCCGCCCGUUACGGGAAAAUCCAAGCCGUCAAAAACCUGCUCAACGCUGGAAGUAAUCCCAACAUCGCUGACGUCGACGGCAGUACGCCGCUCCAUGAGGCAACGGAACGUUGCCAUUAUGACGUCAUGAAACUCCUGCUCAGCAAUGGGGAAACCCAAGUGAACGCCAAGAACCGACACGGACAGACGGCGGCCAUGAAGGCGGUGCUGUACGACGACUUAGAGGCUCUCAAACUGCUCCAUAAAGCCGGUGCCGUGCUUGAUGAACAAGAUUCCACGGGGAAAACGGCAUUAUUGAUUUCAACCGGCGAAGGUCGAGAACGGACGACGGAAUACCUCAUCAAGAACGGAUGUGAUAUCCACAAACGGGACAAGCUCGGCCAAUCAGCGCUCUACCUCGCCGUCGCAUCGUCCAAUGUAUCGAUAUCCUCCUCGGAAAAUAUACGUAAACUCCUGCGAGCAGGGUAUUGUUUGGAGGGAGACCGCCAUUGGUUGGAUAAAGCAGGCGUCGACAUCGAGUCUCUACGUCAUCGGAAUAUUUUCCAGAGACUAAUCUCCCGGAUCAGGAUCGGGACUGUGGGUUCCGGUCGACGUCACAGUGAAAGUGUGUCCGACUUCCGUCGCCACAGCGAGGGCGUGGCAGAUUUCAGGAGCGUCAACGGUGGUGUAUCGGAACCACACCCCAGAUUUGGGACCCGAAGCAACUCAUGUGACCUAUAAAGUUCUGACUCUCUAAAUUCGUUAUUACAUGUCUAAAAACCUAUCCAUCAAUGCAACCGAACUUCACCCCAUUCCAGACAGGUUUCCGCGAGUGGGUAACCAGGAGUAUCUUGUGUCCCCUGGAAAACCGGGGAUUCAAUAAGACUGUCUAAAAAUGUUGUGAUACAAAGCGGGUGUGUAUAGAUUCAUGUACUUGUAAUGAUCGUAGUGAAACUUCAACAUCGGUGCAAUUUAACUCACCCUACUCGAUCAGCUGUACCCGCGGUGCCGGUAAAACAAAUGGUCAUGUUAGCCAAAGUAGGAAAUGGACAAGGCGAUUUUGAAUUGUUGACUCUCGUGUAUUUAUUUUGACCCGUGUUGAGGUAUUUAGGUGUCUCGUCUAGUGCUAUAUUAUAUGUAGUUUGUUUAUGUGUUUAUGUUUUAUUUUAGUGUUACAAGUUAUACUUGUGUUUGAUUAAAACUGUUUAUUCAAAAGU